AUGCGGCGCGCGCUGCUUGCGGCCGUCCUCAUAGCGACCACCCACGCAGCCGUCUUUACCGAAGGUGGUGCGUUGGGAGAUGUGGUGUACCCUGGAGAGUAUGAUUAUCCAAAAUCCGAUUCGUUUCUAGACGUUUCGAAUCCUGAUGAAGGAAUUCAGGAUUGGUAUCACAAAGAAGACUUUAAAAAUGAUAAAGCCAGAGAUGUCAGAAAUUCCGAGGAGUUGGAUGAGAAUCUAGCUGAAAUCCUACAACAACUGACACAACAAAAAGAACUACUCAAACAAGAGGACACGGGUGAGUCAGUUUUCCAUGAACUUGUCAAAGUAAUUGUUGUAAAGUCUUCUUUUCCUUUCCUCUACUCGAUCAUCUCAUCACAAUCUGUCAUACUUUACGAAAUAUGUUAUUCCUACCAAUCUUUAUUCAUCUUUAUAUUCCAUGCGAAUGUCUUCUGGACGACGAAUGCAGUACAGCACGCAUGCGAAUGUCACGCCAUGCAUUCGUCACUCAUCAAAAAUCGUGGAUCAAUAACUCGCUUAACGUAUCUCAGACCAGUCCUUUAA